AUGGAUGCGGAUCCGGUUUCAUCUUCUUGCCUCUCUAUACGUGGCUGCUCUGUAUGCCGCCCUUCACCGGCCUACGCUGAUCAGUUCUAUUGCGAUCCCAUCGGACUCAAUUUACGCCCGGCCCGGAUACACAUCUUGGCCCAGAUUGGCGGAAAGACGUUCGAACUCGAUGUCCCUCCGGCUUUCGCUCCCUACGCUGUUUACAAAAGGGAGAAACUGGCAGACGGCGGCUCAUUAUGGGAUCUGACGAAGUCAGUUGUGAAUUCCUGCGGUGGUUACUUCGCUGCGUUCAACCAUAAUCACAGGACCCUCAAGGAUUAUCUCACUCGCUGGCACACUCGGGUCUUAUUGUCCAACAAAAGGCUUGCCAUCGAUGAGAUCACCAGGACAGAAGAGACGCGAGGAAUCAAAUGCGACGAUACAGACCUCCUAUGGUACGACUGGCGAACCGUCGAAGUUUUGGAGAAGGAAACGGACUCGCACUUCCAGGUUCAGCUGGAUGGCCACCGUUAUGGGUGCUACGCGCCCAACGACUUCUCAAAGCCACCUGACUACGUCAGCUUCCUUCAAGAAGUGCGCGUAUGGAAGAAGGUCACCGACUCUCCGGCAAGACCAGGCGCCAUCCCGCGGUUUUUCGGGCUUGUCUGCACACCUGAGAAACCAGGCAUGGUCCUGGCUGCACUUUACGAAUCGAUCGAGGCUGGUGGCCAGACCCUUGACCAGGUGGACAUUCGUAUUGUCUCAUUGACGCAAAGGGAAAGGUGGUUUUGGCAAAUCCGGCAUGCUAUUUCGUUCCUUCAUGAAAAUGGUGCCAGCUGGACCAGGAGCGAAUGCACACGUCCAACUACACGAGUCGCCAUUGGUACCAACGGUAACGCAUUCCUCAAAUACAUCCACUUCGGCGAGCUCCAAAGCAAUCGUUUUGUUCCAAACUGCAACCUCGACUGGAAGGCACUUGCAAAGGUACAACGCUUCCUCAGACUUGGGCCUAAGCCCGCUCGCGCUCGCGUGGCCAGGCAGCGGCCUUUCGAGUUCAUGCAUUUACCAUUCGACGUGAGGUACAUGAUAUACGAGCUGCUCCUUGUAUACCCUGGACAUAUCACAUGGAAUGGGAAAUAUAGGCAUCGAAUGGAUACUCCCUCCUCACCAUCCGAGAAGUUGGCUGCGGGCGGACUUUUCUACGCCAGCCGCGAGGUCCGCUACGAGUCUCUUUCGUACCUUCUGGAACACAACACCAUGCAAAUAGAAGCACCCCAUCUCUCUGAGUUUCUCAGCUUACCUCUCGAACCACCAAACGAACCCCCGAGAAAGUUUGGUCUUUCUGUUCGCCGAAUCGUCUUUACACUCACCGUCACGACCAAGAGCGAUCCUGAAACCUGGCAGAAGCAAUGUGAGGGCGUUUUGGAGCUCAAGAAGUAUUGUUCUUCUUUGAAGUAUGUUCGGAUGAUUCCCUUCCAUCAAAAAUUGUGGUCACACGAAGAUAGCCCGGCUGGAAACCCUCUUACGUCUCUACCUUUUCGUAUACUUACAGAAGAGUCGGAAUACGACUAUUUCAUUUACAACUUCUCUAAACAUCGUACGGAGUUGGCGGAGGGAUAA